AUGUUGCGGGCGAUUUCCCUUUUAUUUGCGCUGGCUACAGUUGCAAACUGUGAUCAAUUAUCCGUGCUGUAUGCGCCCAAAUCGGUCGAAUUCAGUGGAAACAGCCGGUUGGAUUCGGAAUCGCUGCCGGAAGUGUUCGGAGCUGCCCUUGGCUACUCCGUUAGCCUGCCAACGGAAUGGGACGGUAUGGUAAUAAAGGAUCCGUUCAACACUGCCAACGGUGCCGUAGUGGUUGUAGCCGAAGGACUUGAAUCCGUCGCAGUCGAGGGUGCCAAGAGCUAUCCAUUGGACGGUAAUACCGGAUCCGUUGCACUGAGCGAGUUGAUACAGAAAUCGGCUGACCAUCAGGGUGUCAGUUUUGAAGUGGAUCUAAAGGAAUCAUCCCAUAACUUUGCCACCCCGCUCGGUACCGUUCAGCCAGACGAUGAGGAGGUGGAUCCGCAACAUCUGAAACCGAAAUCGAACAAAGCCGAUUCAGACUUUCUGCGCCAGAUUGCGUUUUUGAACGGGUUGAGCGAUCUGCUCGUAACGUCAACCGACCGUAUCCCAACCGUACACAUUGUUCGCGUAUCGUUCGAAGCCCUGUUGGCCGCCCACGAACCGAACUCUCCCGCAUUGGACGAAGCGAAGAAGUUGUUCGUUAAUGCGCUGGCAGGAUUAGAAACGGCAUCAGAAAAGGCAUUCGAUGGUGCGGUUAUUGUUGGACUGGUAACGGCCAGCGAAGGUCAGUUGGUGGUUCGUUCGAAGCGUCAGGCGCCACAGGCGAAACAGGAGGAAGAAAAUGACAACCCGAUGAAUUUGGCUACCAAGUAUAACAGCAACUAUCCAGUUAUCUUCAACAUUAUUCUAUGGUUCAGCGUUGUGCUAGCGUUCUCACUGCUGGCCAUCUCGAUCGUUAUUGGCACAAUGGAUCCGGGUCGCGACUCGAUCAUCUACCGUAUGACUUCGACCAGAAUGAAGAAGGAUAAUUAA